UGCUCCUCUGUCUUCUCCGCACUAGCCAUGGUUCUGUGUGACCCAGGUGAGGCCUUUCUGGUCCCCACCCCCUCCUAUGGUGGCUUUAUCUUUAGUACUCACCUGUAUGCGAAAGUUGAACUGGUUCCUGUCCACCUGGAGAGCCAGGUCACUGCGGCGAGCGCCUAUCCAUUCCAGCUCACUGUGGACAAGCUGGAGCAAGCCCUGCUCGGGGCUAAGAUUGAGGUCAGGAGAGAACAAGGUCUUCAGGGUGGCCACUGCUACCCCGGAAAGGGACUGAGUAUGGACACUCUGGUAUAACUUGUUCACCGAGACGCUGUGGGCACCUUCUUCAAAAGAGAUAGUGUCCCAGGGCACGUCACCCGAGGAGCCCUGGCUAUGGCGGCCCCCAGAGCUCCUUCUUGAUCCCCUCUGUGGGCAAAAAUAUGAUAGUUGCUCCUCCGAGAGCCCACUGAGGUCUUGAUUAGGUGCUCGAUACUCGGUGCCCUAACCUGAUCUUUGGCUGGACUUGAUGUCGAUGUGAAGGACUUGUGUUCAGUUGGUUACGUUUGGUUCUUUUUAGGGGAAAAAGGUCAGAGGCCUUGUGCUAAUUAACCAUCAGAAUCCUCUGGGAGACAUCUACUCCCGAGACUCAGUGAUGGAAUAUCUGGAAUUUGCCAAGAAGUAUGAG